CACUGCUAGGCAUUGACUGGCACAACUGCUGGGCACUGACUGGCAUAACCACUGGGCACUGACUGGCAGCACUGCUGGGCUGUACUGAUGGGCACUGGUGGGUGGCACAGGUGGAUGGCACUGGUGGGCACAGAUGGGUGGCACUGCUGGGCACAGGUAGGUGGCACUUCUGAGCACAGGUGUGUGGCACUGCUUGGAGGGCACAGUUGGGUGCACUGCUGGGCACAGGAGGGUGCACUGCUGGGCACAGGUGGGUGCACUGCUGGGCACAGGUGGGCGCACUGCUGGGCACAGGUGGGCGGAACUGGUGGGUGGCACUGCUGGGCACCAAUCAUCAGGGCACUGAUCAUC